AUGUCGCUAAGCGCCAUUGCCAUCCACGACAUUGUCCUCUUGCCAACCAACUCUGUCAGACCAUCAUCGCCUAUACCUCACCCGACGAGCGGAUUGGUGCUUAAGUCAUUUGGCUUGGAUGACAUCCACUGCCUGAUCGUCGAAGGUGCCGACUCUUCCUACUGCUGUGGACACGGAGACAGAAAUGGAGACGAAGUUGGUUCUGCUGAUACCGCUGAGCCUGCUGACGACCCGCGGCACAUUCCCGUUUCCUACCAUAUUCGGGAGGAAGAUUACUACGAGCCAUGGCUUCAUAAACGCGAGAUGCUGAGUCUGAACAGCCGGCCCGGUAGUGCUAUAAGUUCUACUACUGGACCUAGCGUCUCCGGCACGUUGGGCUUCACCAUCUUACUUGAGGUUGAUAUUCAGCCCGAGGGAGUUACAGGCACCACUCAGAACAACAGCAGCACCCAUCGCAUUGCAAAGCUCUUCCUGACCUGCCGCCAUGUUGUUGAUGAUUCUGACAGCACAUCCUCUUCAAAAUAUAUUGACCGCCUAGCGGAUGUUACCAGACAUGGCUUCGACUUUACGUCUCUUUCCGCUCAGGACUCACUUGUCGACGGUACGAUCGAUGCUAUCCAACUUGAUCAAGACCAGUAUGAAUCACUACUGGAGUCAGCACGUUCAGAGAAGAAGAAAAUUGAUUUCCAAGUCCUGAAAGUCUAUCAGGACGGCAGGAAUGUGGCAGACCUCACCGAUGUCCAGCGCAGGUAUCGAGACAGGCUGAUGUGUAGCUGCAGCGCGCUUAAUGGAUUUAUCUCGCAUCUAGAGAGAUUCAGGGACCCUCAAAGCCGCCGUAUCGGCACCGUUGUCCUGUCACCUCCGUUGACCGGCCCCACUGCUGAAAACGACUGGGCUCUCAUCUUAUCGCGCGUCUCUGGCCCUAAUCUUGCUGGAUGUAGCAGUGGCGUUUCCGAUCCAUCCUACAAGAGCAUCAACGACGAGAUUGAUCCUAAUCUUUUCUGGAUUGAUGAGCUGAGCCCACGUGCCUGUGAUCGUUUCAGGAAUCGAAACGAACAGGCAGUAUGCACAGUUACAGGUGACAGUCGGACAGGCUGGUUUCCCCCAGACUUCAUGAAGCUGAAAGCCUAUUUCCGUGAGGAAACCAUAGAUCGACACUGUUGCACUGCCAUAAACACCAUUCACGGAGACGUUCCCGACUUCACUGAAGAGCAACUGGCGAGGCACCUAGGAAGUCCAGAUUCCAUGGACGUCUAUCAAGUUGGCGCCACGAGUUCGGGGGAAGGCAAGCUUAGCCACGUCAAAUCGGUCACAUUCAAGCUGUCAAAUGGCCAGGCUGGUCCUUAUGAAUAUUGCAUUCUUGGUCACAGUGACAAGCCCUUCAGCAAGCAGGGAGACAGCGGUUCAGCCAUCUUCGGCAUCCUACCCCCGCUUGACCCCACCGAUUCUUCGCCAACGGCAAAUGCGGACACGGAAAAGGACGCACAGGUGGGUAUCUUGGGCCUUGUUCGCGGCGGCGGGAAGCUCCAGCUACGCGGCCGUUACAUCACCUCGGACGUUACGUAUGCUAUUCCUAUUGGCACUAUCAUGGAAGAGGUUGAGAAGCGCGGAAGAGUACUGAAUUGGACGUCCGUGUAA